AUGUUUCCCACCGGAGGUGGAAGCUCUCAAACUAUGGCCCAGGAAACGGCAGCACCUCAACCUCGUCCUGGUCUUGACUUAUUCAGAGCUUUUGCCAGUUUAACCGCCCAAAACUCACAUUCCCACCAGCCAACCAACCAGUUCAUAGCUUCGUUGGGUCAGCCGUCUGUUCACGCUGCACAAUUGGCUGCUCAACAACAUUCACCUUCUACUUCGUUACUGCAGCAAGGAAUCAGUCGUCAGCAGGCGGAGAAGAAAGCCACCUCGGAUCGCUUGGAAUCCAUCGAGAAAGACCGAAAACAAGCAGAUCAACAAGUUGAGGCUCUUACCAAACGGAGAGAACGUCUUAAGAAUGUAAAGAAGGAGUCGGAGCAAGAAGUGAAGGAGACGGUCAAUGGAGAGGUCGACGAAAGGGAUAAUGUUCCACUCUGGCAAAGGAUAAUCGCAGAAAAUAAACGAAAGUCUCCCAUAAAAACACGCUUGGUAGUCAAAAGAUCAGCACAAGAAGCGUGCUUUUAUGAGCCGUGUAAUGCUCCUGGAAUGAUCGAACUGUUGAAAAGACAGAAGGUAUUCGAGCCAAAGUUGAGACAGACGAUUAUUUUGCGACAGCGAGUGAAACUUGAAUGCUAUAGGUAUAAUGAUGAAACUUAUAACUCAUGUAUGAGGGAUUAUCUACGAAAGCUAGAGCGGUGGGAAAAUAGCCCCAAGAAAGUUGCUCGUGAUUUGAAGAAUCGAGAAAUAUUCGAAAGAGCCUUUCCUGAAAUGAAAAGAUCUCGGGAAGAAAAAGAGCGCUCCUGCCGAACCGAUCGAAUAAGCUUACGUGGUCAAGAUGGUGUGGACGAACAGCCUGCCCCAAGUGAAAAGGGACAGGUGGAUGAAGAGUAUAAAAUGAGGAAUGCCGCAGCUAUUCCACCCCUAAUUGUAAACGAAUCACCGAUUAGACCGAGAUUUUUCGAUAACAAGCAUGCGAUUAUUAAGAAUGCGGCUGCGGAGAAUAAAAAUUGGAUUGAAACUUUUCUUUCUUCGUGGUCGGAUGAUGAAAAGAAGUUAUUUCGAGAAAGGUUGUCUGCCGUGGGUAAGAACUACGCCAACAUAGCCAUGUUUCUUGAAAACAAAACUGUGAAGGACUGUGUUUUAUAUUACUACUUAUGCAAGAAGAGAGAGAACUUCAAAGCUGUCAUUCCGAAAAGAAAAAGGAAGCUUGCAAAGACGUACAAGCCGCCUACGAUGCCAACUGCGGAGGAAUUAGCGAUGUACCAGUUGGUGCCACAAGAUGCUCUAACGGAAGCUCAAUCGAGUGCUUCUCAAGAUAGCAAGUGUGUUGUGUGUCAACUUCGCAUCGAUCCAACUACGAAUCCUGGACGGGUACUGACAAGAUCCAAUUACGAGAUGUAUGAUCCUAAGGAUUAUCUACUCAUCGAGAUCUUCCACUCAUCUCACCAGAAUCUUGAAUUUGGUUGCGAUUAG